UUGUGAGAUUUAUAUUGAUGUGCAUUUUUCCGUGAGUGUUGUUUCACAUCUCUUUGUCAAUUUAAUGAUCGUAAACGAAGCGUUUUAUCGUCUCAUGUGACGGUUUCUUGUUGGACGCUUAAAAAAUCAGUUUAAGGAGAAACAAGCAGAAAUCUGAGAACAUCAUGUUUAAUUUCUGAGAUAUGAGCUAGUUAAACGAAGAAGCAGAUUGUAAAUGAGUUCAUUUAGGAUUUUCCUGGAUCACAAAUGGUCUUCGUUGGUGGCUAACGUACACGAUCAUACCUGAUGGAAGUGAACGAGCAACGUCAAGAGCUGACUAAGAAGAAUCUCUCCAUUAAAAAGCCUCAAAGAAGAGCAGCCAAAAAUACUGUCACCUGCUCUCAGUGUGGAAAGAGUUUCGGAUGUAAAAGCUAUCUUAUUAUACACAUGAGAAUUCACACUGGAGAGAGACCUUACACUUGCCAUCAGUGUGGGAAAAGUUUUGUAUAUGCAAACCAUCUCAAGUAUCACCUCCUCUGUCACUCUGGAGAAAGACCAUUUGAAUGUGAUCAGUGCGGAAUAACAUUUGUUGUGAAUUCAGUCCUAAAACAACAUCUGAAAACUCACACGAAUGAGAAGCCUUACAAGUGUUCCUCCUGUGAAAAGAGUUUUGUAUGCCUGUCCUAUUUGACAAAGCACCAGAAAAUACACGCCACUGUGGGAGAUCAUUUGUGCUUUGAAUGUGGGAAGACCUUUAUUAAAGCUGACAACUUGAAACAGCACCAAAGAGUUCACACUGGAGAGAAACCUUACAAGUGUUCACACUGUGGAAAGAGUUUCAUUAAGUCACAAAACCUGAAAAUUCACGAGAGAAACCAUACUGGAGAGAAACCUUACAAGUGUUCACACUGUGGAAAGAGUUUUAGUGUGUCACAAAGCCUAAAAACACAUGAGAGAAUUCAUACUGGAGAGAAACCAUACAAGUGCACAUACUGUGAAAAGAGUUUCACUUGGUCACAAUGCCUGAAAACACACGAGAGAAUUCAUACUGGAGAGAAACCAUAACACUGCUCUUCAUGAGGGAAACAUUUUAGCACAGCUAAAGACAUCACGGAGAGAUGUCGAUCUUCAGGAACAAUGCUUCAGAUAACUUGGUGAAAAUUCAGGUAAUGAUCCUCAUUCACAGCAGUGCCAUCUUUGAUUUCUGAGGGGAAUGACAAUGAGCCUGUGAAGGAUGGAUGCACAGUCUCGUAAAUGGGCUGUACUGCAGGGUUUUUGGAUCAUUACGUGGACAAAUCAUUGAAGGAGACUACAUCUACUGUAUAUUAUCCCAAGAACAUUAAAUGGUCAGAAAGCUUUUAGCGUGAGAUCUAGGAGCUUUAUACAGCUUUUUAUUGUGCGUGCCUCUGAAGAGAUGGUAAGUUUAACCCUUAGAGCCUUGUUUUCAUUCCCGUAAAAAAAAAUCAGAGAUGGCACUACUGUGAAUCAGGUCUAUACCAAAGAUGUACUUUCUUCUAAAAGAGCAGCAUUGUUAAAGAAGAGUAAUUUGCUAUAACCACCUCCAAUGAUGAAGUUUGACCUUAAUCAAUAAAGUUUAAGGAAAAGGAAAACUGUUUUUCUGUUAUAAGUGGGCUAAAUUUGUAUUUUAACAGAAACAAAUGUAUAUCAAUUCAGUUUUUUGUUGUCUUAGCUGUUGAACCAGUCAACAACUCUUAUCAUUUGGGUUAGACGUUGGCUGAUUUAUUGUUUUUUAUUAUUAAUAAAUGCUUAGGAACAAUGACAACAGUUUACCUUUGCUUGUAUUGCUUUGGGUGUUGGAGCGUUCCAGACAUGACCGCAUCCUCUGGAGGUGAAAUCUAAAUCACUGACACCUUGUGGGGAUUUGCUGUAUCUAUAUCUUUCCUAAUAGACAUUAUAGAUGUAUCUUCACUUAGACAGAUGCAAGAAACGCAAGCGUCCAUACUGUACAUUGCAUCUCUGACGUGGGCACACAGUAAAACCAUCAAGGCCUCAAAUCUUUCUUGAUAUUUUGACAUACAUUUAGAGGUGAUUGUACUAUUAAAAACAUUAUGUAAGUUUCAGAACUCAAAACCUCCUCUCCAGCCCCACAGUGACGUAGGAACGGGGUGUUCAUUUGAACAUCCCCACUUCCUCAGCAUACGUAAUCGUUGCGGUAAACUGAAAGAGAGCGGCUGAGGUCUCUUUACUUAAGAAAUACAUAACUGUGCAUGAACUAUUGAUUUGAGAUUAUUACUGUUUGUAAGAAGGACACAGAGUGCAAGGAAAGACAAUGGUGUAGUGGGUGUAGUCUUGCAUUAGCAGGACGUCCUGUAUUUUGUCCAACAUUAAUGCAUCGGGAAGCCAAUUGUCCUGUAUGAAAGCAGCAAAACAGUCGAUGGGGAUUCCCUCCCUCGGUUGACCUGUGAAAUUAUCAGGUGCGACUUAUCCGGGGAACAUCCCAUAUUUCCAAUUACGUGGGAUGCGUAUUGUAGCAGAGGCGAACCCCUGGGCCAACCAGGAGGUAAAAGGUCAUUUAAUACUACAUUAUAACUGUUUUUAGUGCAAAAACCUGUACAAACAUUCAGUGAGCCUCAAGAAAAGUAAUGAAAUAAAAAAUGUAUGAUAUUACCCCUUUAAUUUGAUAUGUUUGCUUGUUGUUGUUUUUACUGGUAAGAGGGUACAACAGGACUUUUUUCAGGUCACAAAGUGUAUCAAGAUUGCAAUUUUUAUAAAUGUUUUAUUUUUUUUAUUGAAUAUUGGCC